AGGACACAUCAUGCUUGAGGAGGAACGCUUUUGCAUUAUUCUGACUUUUUAUGAGACAACUCGAUAAGAAAUGACGAAAGGACGAGAAAUUAAUCUGUGGACCAUUCAGGGAGGGAUCCUGGAGAAGUUCCUCGCCCCUCUAAUCCACCAAAAGGCACUCGGCUGUCAAACUGGGAGGUCAAAGGUCAUUUAGCUCCAUGAGGGGAGGAGGUGUGAGAGGGAGCGAAGCAGCUGCAAGCCAUGUGCACCCUGGGAUCCGAGUUGUGACAUGGGGCAUGGACACAGCUUUCUCUACCACACAUGUAUUCCCCAAAAAGUGACACAUGUUGGACACCGUGUAGUUUAAAUACAUGCUUAUAGUCAUUACAGUGCACUCUUUAAUGUGUCAUAUAUGCAAUCCAUGUAGGGGCAUAUUGUUCACUUUUUAAACUGCGUACUUUCGCUAAUCUCCACUUAUUACCAUAGUCGCUAACGUGUCCUGUUUAUCCGCAAACACACGCCUCCUCACACCAGAGGCACUCACGCGCACUGGCGAACAGUAACUUAUAUUUAAUUUGUAGCUAGCUGACGUACAACGUGAAGUUUGUAGCUGUAGCAUUGCGCUCUUCACGGUUGAGAAUUUGUCAGAGAAUAACCAACCGCGCCAGUAACACGAAUAACAAAACAGACACGCAGAGGUAUGAAUGCUCCUCUGAGGAAGGCGGGGCUUGCAGUGACGGGCCAAUCAGAAUGCAGUGUGCGUUGGACGGAAAUUGUGCUGCGUUCAGGGAACGUGUGGAUUUAAUUGUUGCACACUUCCGGUUCGCCAACCACGACCUCCACCUCGCCCAGGACUGGAAGAAGCUUGGGGUGGCAGCAGUCGUGUGGGAUGCGGCUGUUGUCAUGUGCAUGUACCUGGAGAUGGGCAGCCUGGAGGUGAAGGGCAGAGGGGUCAUUGAACUGGGAGCUGGCACCGGACUGGUGGGCAUCGUUGCAGCCCUGAUGGGUGCCAACGUGACCAUAACUGACAGAGAACCCACCCUGGACUUCCUGUCUGCCAACGUGAAGGCCAACCUGCCCCCGGACUCCCUGGGGUCAGUGGUCGUGUCCGAGCUGACGUGGGGCGAGGGCCUCGAGCGUUACCCGGCCGGGGGCUUCGACCUGGUGCUGGGGGCCGACAUUGUUUACCUGGAGGACACCUUCGUGCCCCUGCUGCAGACUCUGGAGCACCUGUGUUCGGACGCCACUGUGGUGCUGCUGGCCUGCAAGAUCCGCUACAGGCGAGACACAAACUUCUUGAGCAUGCUGAAGCAGCGGUUCAGGGUGGAGGAGGUCUACUACGAGAAGCAAAGGGACAUCCACGUCUACAAAUCCUGGAAACUGCCCCCCAGGACCGAUUUGUGACGUCUGGGAGUCCCAAGCAUUCGCCGUGUUUUACUGUCUUUGCAUACGAAGCAAAUAAAAACUGUUCAGACAACCAUCAAA